AUGGGAGGCUGCUUCUCUCGCCGCAGAUCCAGAGGUACUGAAGGAAGCCAGUUUGAGAGGGAUUUUGUGUCUGCCCACAACACUUACAGAAAGAAGCAUGGCGCGCCCCCUCUUCAGCUGAGCCGCGAGCUCUGUCGAUCCGCUCAGCAAUGGGCAGACCACCUGCUGUCCAUCCGGACAUUGAAGCACAGCGGCUCGGAUCAUGGAGAGAACCUGUACUACAAAUACAGCUCCAGCACCAGAGAGCUGCCAGGGUCGGAAGUCGUGGAUACCUGGUACAACGAGAUAAAGGAUUACAAUUUUAGCAAACCUGGCUUUCAGUCUAACACAGGUCAUUUCACACAAGUGGUCUGGAAAGACUCCAGGGAAGUUGGCAUUGCCAAGGCUAUAGAUGGUAAAGGAAUGGUGAUCGCAGUAGCCCAGUACAGUCCUGCGGGUAACAUCACCAACCCUGGCUACUUCCAGAAAAAUGUGCUGCCCAAGGGGACCCCAGUAACUGAGAGCACAGGAGGAACCAGUGACCGGGGAACAGGAGCCACUUUUUAUCCUUCCGGACGUGGAGGCGACUCUGGAACAUCACCUACCGGUAACUAA